UCCUAGUGUAAAUAUUAGAAUAUCUUUCCUUUUUAGACGAUAACAGUAAAUAAAAUUUAUGGUCUGGUCUGUUGCCCCAUUGGUCCAAAGUUACCCAAUUUGACUGUAACCUAUAUUCACUUUAAUAUAUCUUAAAUUAUUGAUACAAUACAAUUAUUAAUAAUAAAUAAUAAAGCAUAAAACAUAAAUCUAGAUACAACCUACUACUUUACUGUGAAACUAUUCUAUCCCAUUUUAAAAUUUCAGGCAUAAUUUAUCAGUCAUCAAAAUUAAACAGUGGUACUACAAUGACAUGGAGUUCUAGCAGUUCCGGAUCAAUGACGUCAUCCAAAGAAGAAGUAUCCAACUUCGUAAACGUUAUUUUGCGCAAUAUGUCACAGUUUAAUGUUUCUUCUAAUAAGAUAACUGGAACUGGUUUAACAGAAUCUGAUUCUCAACAUAAAGAUAUACCGAAAAUAUACUCUUCAUUUUCAAACGAUUUAGCUUCCGCCAGCACUUCAACUCCUAAAAGAAAGUUGAAUUUUAAUGUACCUCAUAACGAUGGAUCUACUCAAACAUCAAAUUCUGAAAAAGAUAAGGAAAAUGUACAUCCUUUACAAAAAACCUUCUGCAAAUUUUGUUUUAAAAACGGAGAGCCCGCUUCGGUUUAUAAAUCGCAUGACACCAAGGGUAACAGUGGAAUACCCACUUGUCCGAUACUAAGAAAAUAUGUAUGCUGCUUUUGUGGAGGUACUGGAGAUAAAGCUCAUACGAAAAAGUACUGCCCGUUAGGUAAAUGGGUGGAACCUCUUAGACCUCCUUUCAGAAGACUUUCAAACGGUGUUGUCGUUUCUUCCCAUAACCAUAAAUAAGUUUUGAUUUUAUGUAUUUCCAUAUGGG